GUGAUACGAAAUUUGACCAUGAAGCCUACUGAGACAAGUUCAAACCAACGAGAUGAUUCCAGGCAGAUCAUCAAUCCUCACGAGUACAAACUCCGCAUGGACGAACCUCAGGCAUGCUACGAUGCCGCAGGAACCCCCGAGGAAGUGUUCUUGUUAGUCCUUAUCUUCACCGUUCACUUGCACACACAACAGCGAAAGGCGAUUCGUGAGACCUGGGGAAGCCCACGAGAGAUCAAGGGAAAGAAGGUCGUCACCCUGUUCCUGUUGGCUCAAAACCAGUACGCCUAUCUUCAGCAGCGGGUGGAGAAGGAGUCCAACAAACACCAUGAUCUCCUCCAGGAAGAUUUCCAAGACACCUACAAUAACCUGACGCUCAAGACCAUCAUGGCUAUGAAGUGGGCCAGCACGCACUGCCCCCACGCCUCCUACGUCAUGAAGACAGACGACGACUCUUACGUCAGCUACGACAACCUUGUCAAGCACCUGACUAGAUCACCGUCAACAAACUACGCUGUGGGGCGUCUGUACCCCAAUGCAGCGCCCUUUCGGGACCCCGGGCACAAGUGGUACAUGUCAAAGGAACUGUAUCCUGGACGCGUGUACCUGCCGUAUCUCUCUGGAGCGGGAUACGUGAUCUCUGGGGAACUGACCGGGAAGAUUUACGAAGAGUCUUUGCAAACGAGGUACCUACACCUCGAGGAUGUCUUUGUGGCUAUUUGCCUGAAAUCUUUGAAAGUUCAGCGGAGGAAUAACUAUUAUUUUACAUGUCAGCGCCAGGAAUACUCGUAUUGUCGAUUCCGGCAGCUGAUAAGCGCUCACAAACUUCGGCCCACGGAAAUGUAUAGGAUUUGGAGGGACCAAAAACGCCGACGUAGAUGUAGUCUUGGCCCUAGACGUCAGUGA